AUUAUGGACAAUAGACAAGAAGGUUAUAGACCUCUUAACCAAAAUGCAGAAAACAUUGGCAGAGGAGAACCAGUGAGAGAUCAAAAUAACAUCCAAAGAAGAGAUCCUGAAAGUAAUGAAAUAGUUGAUCAGCAGCAACAUUUCAGGCAGAUCACCUCAGGAUUUGAGGGACAAUAUAUGAACCCUCGUAGCGCAGGCCCUCCUCUUAAUCGAAGAGCUAGAGUUAAGGCAGCCCUGAUUGGGAUCUCUAUCCUCUUUAUCGCUUUGACAAUCCUCUUAAUAGUCUGGUUCACUGUUAUAAAAUAGGCUACAGAUUCAAU